GCUCUCCCAGUGAGUCCCACCACCGAAAACCCGUCUCCUCUUUGCAGGAGACCCCAGACCCUUAGAUCGCCAUAUUUUUCUCGACUCAAUGUAUGCGCCUAAUAACAUGGCGCAUCAUUCGCAACAACACCCUCAACAAUACGCCACCACCUCCAAUGCAUUCAUGGCGCAUCACCCUGGCCCAUCUCACGCGCAAAGCCCAGGUACCCCCAUGAUGAACGUGGGUCAGAACACCGUGGCUCCACUCGUCACAACUUCACAAGGGCUGGUAGCAACGGGGGACUGGACGAAAGAUUUAGUGCAUUUGGCUAAGACCGCUGAAUUAAAGAAACACGCCCUUACGCUUCAGUUGCACACGGCGCAUAUACUCUCCGCUCAUGCUUCUCUUGAGCAGAAAGGCAAGGCUAUACAAGAUAUCAGGGAACAGAAGAAUAAACUGGAAAGUGAAAGGACUAGGCUACUGAACUGUUUGCGAGAGAUCAAUGAGGAUCGUGACAAGGCCGACCUAUUGGAAAAUUCUAUAACGAGGGAAUGUACAGAAAUUCGCAAUAAAAUCGCCACUCUAGAGGAGGGCGAAUACGCCGUUGCAAAGCAAGACGUUGAUCGCCUGAGACAGGAGCUGGGCCAGCCACCGUUACCCCCUCUACAGGCGACGCUGGACGAGAAGUCUUCCCAGUAUUUGAAUGAACGCCGUCUCAAUGGAGGAGACGCUCAGAAACGCAGUGCCAGUGACAUCCCAUUAGAGAGCCAAUCCAAUACAGGAAAGCGACCACGAGGACGACCCAAAGGUAGUAAAAACCGGGGCGGCAAGCCCUCGAGCACCAGCACUAGUGCCGCAGGGGCAUCAGGGUGAAAGUCUCUUAUGGGUUUUUUUCGUUCUUUUGUACGUUGUUUUUGCGAUGCUUGGGUAUAUUUGGCAGAUAGCAGUGUGUACGAUCUGCGAGAUAGACGCUAGGGUGUAUUGAAAGUGCUUGUAUGUUGUAGAAACGAUUUGAAUACCUUGAUGUUGAUAUUUUGAUCCAUGCGAUACAGUACUACCUACUACUAUAGCUAGCAUUUGGCGCACAGGUACAUGGAUUGGUCUUAUGUGGACUGACAGUGUAGCUGCAGUAUCUGUAGUUUGAUUGCAAUCGUUGGUUGCACAAAUAAAACGGGUGACCGAUUUCAAAUUUCCCGAUUCUGGUCAAACUUUCCCUUAGGAAAUGCAGAUAGGCAACACCUAGACCAAGUUGAGAUGGAUAAUAACUUAGCAAGGCGUUUACUGGAUCCUCCAAAACUCCUUGUCCGAACGAACCCGGGGCCGUUACUACCGGUGACUGGGAAUGAAGGUUGAGCUUAUAUAGCGAGAGAAGCGGGAGAAGAAUACUUGUUUGAGACAUGUACGAGCUUGUGACGAACGUGCUAGCAUGCGAGUAUUUGCGAGAGACAAGAGCCUGCAAGUUACAAAGAGACUUCAUAUGUCAGCUGCAAGGUAUCGAAUAUCGCACAACAAUUGCAACACCGAGCGAUGAGUCACGACAUGUCGCUGUGUCAUUCAUAGAUGAGAUAAAAAGACCGGGCAGUGCAUUGCCGAGGAAGGGCAUUAAUCAUUGGCCUAUCUCGAUGCUGACAGAGAUCGAAAGAAUAUCGUCGAGGUUCUGGGAACAAGGCCAGCUGGAUCGGCCGUUCUGAAUCUGGGCUGUAAAAUGAUGUGCAGACAUAAUGCAAUUAUAGAGCAAAUUGGGCGAUAUUAUUAGGAGGAUUAUGGACUUGGAAUCGCUUCCAUGCCACAGCCAUUGUUAGCCCAUCUU